AUGGCUGCUCUGGGGGAACUGCCGGCAACAACUGCUUCGCCGCUUCCCAAUCUCAACACGUCCUACGAUCCCGACUUCGACUCCUUUCUCAACCUCGAUCAGACCCAGUCCGUCUUCCCUACAUCCGAGUCGAUGAAAACGAACCCGUCUAUGAUCUCUCAACCUUCCAUGUCCACAUCAGACGCCAGUGUCAGCGACUUUGGCCAGCCCUUUUCCGCCCCCAGCCAUCAGUACGGAGAUCACCAACAGCAGACAGGUCUGCCUCCCGGCGCCAUUGCCCAUGCCAUGACAUUCAACGAUAAUUCGAUGCGCUCCUUUGGUGCCGUCCACCCCGGAUUCCACAUGGCAGAGGACCCAGUCGCUCGCAUGAAACAGGAGGAGACGGCCAUCGACUUUGGCACUGUGCCUUCGCGUAGCCAUUCGGAAAUGGAUCUCGAGAGCGACACUCCCCACAACAUGUCCUACAUGACCCCUAGCGCCCCGGCCAAUGCCAGGGCCCAGCAGUUCGUGGACCCUCACGUUCUCGGCGGUAACGAUUUUGCUUCGCCCAUGGGCCCCCCAACAGCUGCUUCCGCACCGCAGGCCGGUCGGAUGUACCCCGGUAUGCACCAACAACAAGCAGCCAUGGCCGCCCGUGCUGCCCAACAGCAACAAAGACAACAAACGGAAAUUAUGCGCCAGCAACAGCAUAUGCGACAGCAAACUGCCCAACAAGUCGCUACUCCCACACCCCAGCCUGCACAAAACCGUCCGGUACGCAAUGUAGAUCCCAUGGUCGAAGAGCGCAUCUCCCGUCUUUUACAACAAAUGCGCCAAAACUCCACUGGCGGGGAUAGCGCCAACACCCCGUCGUCAAUGCCGCAUAUGUCCAGACCAAAGAAGGACGAAGAUGAUAUGGAUGAUGAUGAACGCUUGCUUGCGAGCGAGGAAGGCAAAAAGCUUACCAGCAAGGAGAGACGACAGUUGCGUAACAAGGUCUCUGCUCGCGCAUUCCGUUCCCGCCGUAAAGAAUACAUCGGCCAGCUCGAGGGCGAGGUGGCUGUCAAAACUACCGAAGCCAACGAACUUCGCCUGCAGAAUCGUGCGCUCCUCGAGGAAAACAACCGUCUCACCGACCUCACUCGCCUACUUCUCUCAUCCCCUCAUUUCUCCGACUUCCUCAACGACCUCUCCACUAACGGACUACCUGCACAACUCCAAUCCUCUCAACAGACACCUAGACCGCAGCAACAACAACCACAGCACCAGCACCAGCAGCAUCAGCAACAGCAACAAAUGCCAGUCUCCCAGGCCUCAGUACCUUCAAAUGUCCACAACGAAACCAAUUCGCGUAUGCGUGGACAAGAAUUUCCCACCCAGCAACAGCAAAAUUUCCAAGUAGGAAUGGUGAUGGUGCCUGACCAACGUAUGGACAUGUAUGCUUCUGGUUGGAACUCGGGUAUCGACAUGAAUUACAACCCCUCCAUUUUUGCCGUCCUAGAGGUGCCAGAAGGCCCCGCCCUUGAUGCUGAGAUGCUAUCUGGGAAAUCAUCUAGCCCAGUUCAUGUGUCAUCAGACCUGUCUUCGUCCAAGGCCGAGGUUCCUCAGCUUGAUCGCCCCCCGGUUAUUGAGGACGUAGUCUCUGGAGUCUCCACGGAGUCCACUUCGGACUCCACCAUCGAGAUUGACGAAUCUGACCCAUCUCUUGCUCUCUUCAUGGACGACGCCUUGGUUUCCUCAUCAUCGACUCCUUCUGAAGUCCGUUUUGAAGGCAUUGUGUUGGAAAAGCCCUCCCACUACUUGAUUGUUGUUGAAGGUGAUGAAUCAACCGAUGCCACUGCCGCCUCAGUUCGCACAUUUGAACGAUUGUGUACAAGCAUGGACGCAGCAUUUUCGCUUUCGAUCCCCCGUGGUUAUUCGGGUUCUGUCAAGUUGGCGCUCUUGCAAGGACCUGGAAGGUUUGCCUUCCACGGAACACCUCUCCGAAUACCGCGUGCUUCGGCUUCAGCUUCAGCAGUCAGAGUUGGCUCUCUCCAGCAUCGACUUCGUCUGAGUGUUCGCACUUUUUCAUCUGGAUCAAACGGCCGUCACGGUCCCUUGUCAUCCCCUGCCUCGAACCGCGAAUCAGCACCUCCCUUGGACGAGUUCGUCCAGGUCUUGGGAAAAGGCCAUCUCUUACCAGCACCGAGGAGCUCGACCGAACCGUUUCUCAAAUAUUACAUUGUUAGAGGCAGGAAUAAUCGCAUUGGUACCACCGAAAGUAUCUAUAGACGCCCGUCUACCUUCGAUCCCAAGCCAAUGAAAUACUGGUACCAGGCGCUCAGCGCCCCGACCGCUGACACCCCGGGAUCGACGUUCAUUCUUUGCUAUCCGAACCGAAAAUAUGUAUUUGGCCAUGCAUCUGAAGGCCUGCAGCGAACAUUCACCGAACGCUCCCAGUCGUUUACGAACCUGACGGAAUUCUUUAUUACCGGAAAGACGGGCUGGGAUAAUAUCGGCGGCUUAUUGGGCAUGCUCUUGACGAUUGCAGAUGCGCGUGCCAACUCGGCCACAUCGUUAGCCCUUGACAGAGAGGAAAAGCGAGUCCGCCAACAGCAACACGCAAAUGCGGCACCUCCAAAUAAAUCUGGGUCAGAAGAAGUCUCCGAGGACCGAUCUGAAACUGUGACCAUUCACGGCGGCAAGAACAUCACCCAUACAUUUGGAACUGCGCGCAGGUUUAUUUUUAGAAAAAAAACACCUAUUCGGGUGAAAGAGUAUGAGUCCGAUUUUCUUGUGAGCGACGAAAAUAAAGCAGAUCCUUUCGAAAAGCCCACCUGGUCGGAUGAAAAUAUCAACGUGUGGGCAAUCCCUUUGCAAUCUGUUCUUGAUUAUUCCAAGUCAUUCAAGUCAACCGCCUUUCCUAGAUUUGGUUCCAAGAGUCCGCUCAAGCGAAGUCUGGAUGACUUCGAGGAAGUGCAAUCCACAACACUGGAUCCCGCAGUCAAAGAUAGGAUGUUACGAGAUGCUAUUGUAAAAGACAUGUUCGAAAGCAAAUGGAGGAUUGAUACGCUACAUGAAAUAAAGUUGGCCGAUAUUAAAAAGCACCCCGGCGCCAUUUUCGUUCGCAACCCCGUCACCAAGGACAUUGAAAAAUACGAUGGACCUCUUCCAGGAGGUUCUGAGCCUAUUCCUGACAUAAAUGUCCUUGUUCGGAAGCCCUGGCCUGGUGCGCUCAUCGAAAGACUUCCGCAUACAACCCCGGCGGUAGAAUCUUUGUGCUAUGUCGUUCGGGGCCAUGACCAAAGGGGAAAGUUUGAUCGCGAGAAGGCGAUCGCGCUGGGCGUACCCACGGGCCCUGCUUUUGCAGCACUCGCCAAAGGCGAAAAUUACACUAACGAGGAAGGCAAAGUGAUCACCCCGGACAUGGUUCUUGGACCAUCUCGUCCUGGACGAGGCGUUGCCUUUGUUGAGAUACCAUCCUCAGACUUUAUUGAAAAUUUCAUAUCGCGUGCUGAGUGGAAUUCCCCGGCCGUGACUUCUAGCCUGAGCGUCUUUGUUUGGAUCUUAGGUCCUAACAUUGGAGAAGACCAGCGCAUUCGCAAUUUCAUUAGCAACAUGAGUCAUUGCAAGCAUGUUAUGUCAAGCACCGAUUAUUGCCCCAACCAGAUCGCCAUGCAAACUGCGGCCAAGUCCGCCCUUCGCUUGGCGAGCAUCAACAAAGAUAAUUUCAUUGUCCCCUAUCACGACAAUAUCACCCUUCCUCAACCGGGAACGAGUCCCGAGGGUUCAAGCAUCCGAUCUAAAAACCCACCGUGGAUUCCUUCACAGCCUGGCCUGGUCCUGGAUAUAGAACCAGACUUUAAAAUCAACAGAUCCGAGGUAGUAACCACUUUCAACCCACUUCACCACAUCAGCAGGAUGCCAAGGGCAGUCCAGCAGCGCCUGGAGAAAAUCCAAAAGCAACUUCAGAAGCCAUAUUUUAUCGACAAAAUUAUGGAUAUGCGCUAUAGCAUUUCGGAUGUGGCAGGAGAAACUGAAGUCUUCACGUUGGGCACUGGCUCCUCUUCUCCCUCCAAGUACCGCAAUGUCUCCGCUACUUUGCUUCAUGUUCCCGAAAAGGGAUACUAUUUGCUUGAUGCUGGCGAGAACACGCUAGGACAGUUGAAAAGGAUGUUUAACCCUGAGCAACUGCACCAUGUGAUGAAAAACCUUCGCAUGAUAUGGAUCAGUCAUUUGCAUGCAGACCACCAUCUCGGCACUGCCAGUGUCAUUAAAGAGUGGUACAAGGUGAACCGCACCGUUGAUUCAUCGAUUGGUAGUAGUGUAAUGAAAGGCGAAAUAACCCUGACAGAAAUGUUGCAGAAAAAGAGACUCUGCGUGCUCGGCGAAGUUUCAUUCAUCCAAUGGCUGGAGGAGUACGCUGGAGUGGAAGAUUAUGGGUUCGGUGCAAUUUUGCCCCUCUCAGUUCACCCAAAAGAAAAGCUGAUGACGGGGUUUUCUUAUCGACACUGUCGUGCGGAUGGAUCGUACCCUGAAGAUGGUCCUGCUAGUACAAACCUAUCUUUUGAGGGCGAGGGUUCUUCCGAAUAUUCCAAGCUUUUACAGGAGGCUACAGGCCUUGCCAAACUCAGUGCGGUCUGGGUGAACCACUGCAAGGGCUCUAUGGCGGUUUCCUUUACGUGGGAUCACAAACUCAAGGUAUCAUAUUCUGGGGACUGCCGACCGUCGUCGGAGUUUGCCCAAAUUGGACAAGGUUCCACGUUGCUCAUACACGAAGCUACGUUCCAGGACGACAUGGCAGGCUCUGCCAUUGCAAAGAAGCACUCUACCACCUCUGAGGCCAUCCGUGUUGGCCGACGGAUGAAUGCACGCAUGACACUUUUGACGCACUUUAGUCAAAGAUAUGCCAAAAUCUCCAAAGCCGGGUCGGAAUCCAACAACUCAUUCCAAAAGCCUGAAAGAACAUUCGCAGUCCCGAGACAUCUUGAUGUCGCGGACAGCGAAGAUUUGCCAAUCGAUGAGCCAGCAAUGGGCGGACCUGGUGAUUUAUCUACAGCCGAUGAUUACGAAAUGCCAGUAUGCAUAGCAUAUGAUUACAUGAAGGUCAAAAUUCGCGACAUACCUAUUGCACAAAUGUUUUCGCCAGCCUUUGAGAAACUGGUACAGCGUAUUGACCAGGCUGCGGUUGAAGACGAGGAGAAGAAAAAGGCAGCCGAUGAACUGAGCAGGCAGCUUAACAAGGAGAAAAAGAAGGCCAGUGAAUCGAGAAAGAAGGCGUUUGCCAGGAAAUCCAAGGAAAAGGCAGACAAGGAAAAGACUCCAUCGCCCGAGCCUACUAAGCCUGCUGAGUCUGUCGAGACCACUGAGGCCAGAAAGCCAUCUGCUUGGAGUGCCAGCGAGUCGGAGAGCGGCUGGUCUGCGAGCGAGAGCGAGAACGAAGACGUUGCCAGCAAAUAG